CUUUACGGUAUCAGAAGUUAGAACAGCAGAUGGUCUGCGUUCGGUAUUACAGUUCAGAGCUGCAGAAAGAGCUGAUUCUGGAGACUAUAGAUGCCACGCUCAGAAUCAAUAUGGAAGAAGUGAAAUUCUUAUGUAUCUUCACGUUGAGGAACCACCAGAAUCGCCUAAAUCAGUGCGAUUAGGAGGUGUUGGUACUAGGUGGGUUCGUCUUAUUUGGCGAUCCUUACCAGGCCUUGGAGUGUACUACAGCGCGCUGUGUACAGCGCUUCACUCAUUACCAGGAGUCGAGGCCAAGCAUACCACUGCCAAUUUAAGUUUAGAAUCGCUAGGAGAUGAAAGAGUUGAACCAGACGGCUACAAAACAUUAAGCGCUCGAUUGGAAAACCUAAGGCCAGCUGCAGCAUAUUCUCUUCGACUGAUAGCCGCUAAUCAUGUGGGACAGUCACCUCAUUCGGAUCCUCUACUUUUUACUACUUUAGAAGAAGCGCCAUCAGCAUCGCCACAAAAUGUAAGAGUCAGGCCAGCAAAUAUUGGAGAACUUCAUCUAUCUUGGUCGGCGCCACCUCAAGACAGUUGGAACGGCGAGUUGCUGGGCUACGUGGCGUCGUGGCGCGAGCUGAGCCGCUUCGAGGAGGAGGCGGGCGAGGACGGCGAGCGCAGCGGGUCUGCCACGUCUCCCGGCUGGAGCAGCGCGGAGAUGACAUUAGGGGGGCUGCGGUCCUUCGCGCGUUACGCAGUGUCACUUCGCGCGUACAACAGGGCGGGCGCCGGGCCUCCGUCGCCUUUGGUGUAUGCUACUACUGCUGAUGGAGUGCCCGAAGCACCACCAACGUCGGUGUUCUGCGAGGCGGUGUCGGCGCGGUCGCUGCGCGUGCGCUGGGCGGCGCCGCCGGGCGCGCAGCACGCGCACUCGCUCCGCGGCUACGAGCUGCACUACGCGCCGCUGCAUCUGUCGCCCUCAUGGAGUGGCGCCGGCGGCGGCAUGGUGGCCCGGGCGGGCGCGGGCGGGGGAGCGGGCGAGGCCACGCUGCAGGGGCUGCGCGCCGCCACCAACUACAGCGUCAGCGUGCGCGCGCGCGCCGACCGCGGCCUCGGCCCGCCCUCGCCGCCCGUCUACUGCUCCACCAGGGAGGACGUGCCGGGCGCCGCGGAGGCGAUCCGCGCGCUGGCGGCGAGCGCGGACGCGGUGCGCGUGUCGUGGCUGCCGCCCGCGCUCCGCGCCGGCCGCCUCACGCACUACACGCUCUACACGAGGGAACUCGGCAAGGUAGGCGGCGAGUGGUCGCAGCGCGUGGAGGCGGGCGAGGGCGACGAGGCGGCGGAGGUGUGGCGAGAGGUGGUGGGGCUGCGCGAGCGCACGGUGUACGAGUUCUGGGUGCGCGCCAGCACCGCCGCCGGCGCCGGCCCGCCCACGCGCCCCGUCACCGCCGCGCCCACGCAGCACUUGUCAGUGCGCAUCUCGUCGUUCGGGCGCGUGGUGUACGCGCCGCAGGGCGCGCGCGUGCGCCUGCGCUGCGCCGCCGUGGGCCCGCCGCCGCUGCGCCGCCGCUGGGCGCCCGCGCCCGCGCCGCCCGCGCUCUCCGUCACCGAGGCCGGCGAUCUCAUCAUACAUAAAGCGGAAGUCAACGCCAACUUCACGUGCUCGGUGCGGGGCGGCGGCGGCGGCGGCGACGCGGCGCAGUACGCGCUGGUGGUGCGCGCGCCGCCCGCCGCGCCCGCGCCGCGCCUCGUGCGCGCCGACACGCACGCGCUGCACCUGGCCUGGGACCCGCCGCCUGACCUCGGGACGGCGUUGCUAGGCUACACGGUGUGGUGGACGCGCGGCGGCGACAGCACGCAGGGCGCGCGCGCGGCGCGCGUGGGCGGCGAAGAGACGGCGCUGUGGCUGCGCGGGCUGGCGUGCGGCGCGCUGUACCGCGUCACGGUCCGCGCGCACAACGCCGUGGGCGCCUCGCCGCACUCGCGCCCGCUGCUCGCGCGCACCCGCGGCGACAAGGCGAAGGCGCCGCCGGGCAAGGAGUUCGUGUGGGCCAACAGCACGGCGCUGCGGCUGAACCUGCUGGCGUGGGGCGGGCGCUGCCCCGUGGCGGCCUGGGCCGUGGCCGUGCGGGCCACCGCGCCCUUCGCGCCCGCGCCCGGGCCCUGGCAGGACCUCGUCGCUGACGGCGAGUCUGCGCUGGCCAGCAAUUUGAAGCCAGGCACGUGGUAUGAAAUACGCGUGGUAGCGCGGUCUCCCGCCGGCGACACACCGGCGCUUUACCGGGCUGCCACGCACACUGUUAAUGGAGAACGGAUGGGAGAGCCAACGGAGCUACCAGUGGAAGCCAGAAGUCAACUGGCCGAUGGCGCUGCAGAAGUGGUCCCCGAGUGGCGAUUGAGUCUUGCACCCCUACUGCUCGGUGGAGGGCUGGCAGCGUUAUUAGCAUCACUGGCAGUAGGUCUAAUGCUGGCGCGGCGCCGCGAAUUAUGCGUUCGGCGCGAAUGUUCACUGCACGAGGCGCGCGCGCCGCAUCCUCAGCUCUACACUACGGAACCCGGGAAACGGAACGGAAAGACACUCACGCCGCCUGAUAGCGAGCUGCACGAGAUCAGCCCGUACGCGACGUUCAGCAUGGCGGGCGGCGCGGGCGCGGGCGGGGGCGGCGCGGGCGCGGAGGGCGGCUGCGCGCUGCACCUGCGCACCUUCGGCCGCGCCGAGUCGCUGGACCUGGCCGCGCCGCCGCCGCGACCCAACCUGCUCGCGCACGCUUCUGAGUACGGGCGCGCGCGCGACAGCGACUCUGAGUCGAGCGGCUCGCCGUGCGCCGCGUGCGCCGCCGAGCUCUACCGCCUGCCCGCCGCGCACCUCUCGGACACGCUCCCGGCGAUGGAGUCGAGCGCGGACGACACUUCGUACAGCGCGGGCGCGGGCAGCCGCGGGGGCGCGCGGGGGGAGGUGCGGAGCGCGCGGGGCGAGCGCGGCGCGCGGGCGGCGCGCGGUCGCCGGCGCCGGGACCACGCGCGACACGCGUCCGGGCCCACUGUCAGAUACUUCGCGGCGGGCGCGCAGCCGCGGCAGCAGGCGCUGUGA